AUGCCUCAUUUUAACAAAUUUGUGAACUUUGGGUACGGACCGCCCGGUACAGGAAAGACCCUGCUGGCCAAGGCUGUGGCCACCGAAUGCGCCAUGACCUUCCUCAGUGUCAAAGGUCCAGAGCUCAUCAACAUGUAUGUGGGUCAGAGUGAAGAAAACAUCCGAGAAGUGUUUCACAAAGCGCGCUCGGCUGUUCCCUGUGUCGUCUUCUUUGACGAGCUGGACUCUCUGGCGCCCAACAGGGGGCGCAGUGGAGACUCUGGAGGAGUGAUGGACAGAGUUGUGUCUCAACUGCUGGCUGAACUGGACUCGCUGCAGUCGUCUGCCGGAGUUUUUGUGAUCGGAGCCACAAACCGUCCGGAUCUGCUGGACCAGUCGCUGCUCAGACCCGGAAGGUUUGAUAAACUGGUCUAUGUUGGGAUCAAUGAGGACCGCGUCUCCCAGCUGCAGGUUCUCCAGGCCAUCCUCAGAAAGUUCCAGUUGGAUCCGGCUGUGAAUCUGCAGGACGUGGUGGAUCGCUGCCCGACUCGCAUGACCGGCGCCGAUCUGUACGCUCUGUGCUCAGACGCCAUGACGGCGGCCAUCAAGAGAAAAAUCCAACAGAUCAACGAUGGUCUGGAUUCAGAGGACUCUCCUGUCCUCCUCUCUGCAGAGGAUUUCUCUUCUGCUCUGAAAAACUUUAGACCUUCUGUUUCCGAAGCGGAGCUGCUGCGGUACCGGAGCAUUCACCAGGAACUCUCCGGACAGUAGAAAACCUCUGUGAGGCGUUUCAUCAGGCGUAGCUGCUAAAUGUAACAUUAAGACAACGUGCGAGUUCUGAGUUGACGCUUUUCACCGUUUUGAUUUUUCUAACAUGUAAAUGACACGAAGAAAGAAGCGCAUGCUAAUAAAUCAGUGAAAAGACUUUAAAUAUUUACUGUGGAUAUCUCUUCUUUUUAUUUUUAUUUUCUAAAUGACUUUGAAAUGGUUACAUUGAAUAAGAUUUCCAUUAAUAUUUCAAAUUAAGAGAAAUAAAUAUUUUUGAUACUGAUAUUUGACACUUUUAGGUCAGUUAUAAUUACUAAAAUUAUUUCAGUUUCCCAAAUGUCACAAUAAUUAUUUUUUUAAUUAAUAAUUUAAGCAUCAGUGAUUUGAUCUUGUAUCAUUUUCCAUCCAGUAUAAAAAUGCUAGAGUAAAAAUCUAAAUUAUAUAAUUAGAAAGUUGCCUCUUAAUACAGGUUCACAUGGCAGAAACAUUUUUUCUAUGCUUGUUUUUUUUUGUGUGUUAAAUAGAGUCCGAAUUAGCUAAUUUUUCAGGUUACCACACUUGUAUUAAGCCAACAUUUAUGUAUUAAAAUGUUUUAUUGGUCUAAUUGUAAAUAUGAUGCAUGUUUUUUUCUUUAAACUUUAAUAGUGAAAAUAUUGUGUUAAAACUGCAUCAGAGCAAAGUAAAGCUAAACGACGGGGAAAAUCAAUCAAAUGCAACAAAUGUAAAAUUUUAUUUUAAUUUUUAGCAAAGGUACUUUUAAGUCUUAAAAAUGUACUGUAUUUUACAGGAAAGUUAAACUCGCACAACGAUUUGUAAUACGAACAAAAUUGAUAAUUUAUUACAAAAUAUAACACUCGUCAAGAAAAGACCAAACUUCACAAUGUAGAAACUGUUGCUGAAAACUGAAACCGACAUUCAGUUUGACUGAAUUUACAACAGCGGAGUAAAACUACACUGCAAUUACAAAAAUAUUCAA